AUGCAUCCCAAGGAUGGGCUGGAGAACAACUGCACCUCAGAUCACUGGUCUGUGGAGCAGGUGGCGCUGGUGAGCAGCCCAACACCAGACGGUGAUGCAGGAGCAUGUGAUCACGGGAACCAUCACCUGAAACCGAUCCACAGGAUUGGCUGCUGUUUUCCAGGGCUGAACGGUGAGAUCCGGGUCAUGAAGGAGGCACCACCGAGUUGGGAGAUUGAAAAGGUGGGAGCCUGCGAGCAAAGCGGCUGUGACGCGGCUGUGGGGCCGAUUAGAGAGCGCGUCGGUUCCCUCCCCUUCGGUGGUGAUGCAGUGGAGCAGCUCUGCGCAGAACCGGGCUCCGUGUAUAAAAGCAGCUGCGCCUGCACGCGCCGAGUACAGCAACAUCCGCUCCCGAACCGAGUCCGAAGCGGCGCCAACAUGCUCGGGAUCUGCCGGAGACUUGUUCUCGUUUCCUGCUUGUUUGCGCAGAGUUGGGCUCAGGAGUUGGGCGGACAGACGCAGUUCAUCUGCACGUCGGUACCAAAGGAUGUGGACAUUUGCGCGGCCACGCUGCAGAACAGCGUUCCCGGGGAGGACUUGAAGACCACCGUCAUGCAGCUGAGGGAGACGGUUCUGCAGCAGAAGGAGACCAUCAUGAACCAGAAGGAGACCAUCCGAGAACUGACCUCAAAGUUGGCUCGCUGCGAGAGCCAGAGCGGCGGCGAGUUCGGGGACGCGCGUCCCGGCGGGCGCCGGAAAGAAACCGGGGCCAAAAACACCAUGGGGGACGUGUCCAGGGGUCCCGCCGACACUUUGACGCAACUGUCUCAGACUUUGCAGUCUCUGAAGCAGAGACUGGAGAACCUGGAGCAGUUCAGCAGAAGCAACAACUCGGUGCAGGCAAACAGCCUCAAAGACCUGCUCCAGAGUAAGAUCGACGACUUGGAGAAGCAAGUGCUGUCCAGGGUCAACAGCAUCGAGGAGGGGAAGCCCGGACUCCGCAACGAGACGGAGCAACGGGGGCGAGUGGAGUCCACCCUCACCUCGCUCCAUCAGAGGAUCACCGACCUGGAGAAAGGUCAGAGGGAGAACAGGCCGCUGGACAAAUUCCAGCUCACCUUCCCGUUGAGAACCAACUACAUGUACGCCAAGGUGAAGAAGAGCCUGCCGGAGAUGUACGCGCUCACGGUGUGCAUGUGGCUCAAGUCCAACGCCUCGCCCGGAGUGGGCACGCCCUUCUCCUACGCUGUCCCCGGCCAGGCCAACGAGCUGGUCCUCAUCGAGUGGGGCAACAACCCCAUGGAGCUGCUCAUCAAUGACAAGGUGGCCAAGUUGCCAUUCCUCAUCAACGACGGGAAGUGGCACCACAUCUGUGUGACCUGGACCACACGCGACGGCGUCUGGGAAGCCUUCCAAGAUGGCGUCAAGAGGGGCAGCGGCGAGAACCUGGCCCCAUAUCACCCCAUCAAACCCCAAGGGCUGCUGAUCCUGGGCCAAGAGCAGGACACGUACGGUGGAGGCUUCGACGCCACGCAGGCCUUCGUCGGCGACCUGGCCAACUUCCACAUCUGGGACCGUAAACUGUCUGUGGGAGAGAUUUAUAACCUGGCCACCUGCAGCAGCAAAGCUCAGGUGGGCAACGUCUUCGCAUGGAUGGAGACCAGCCUGGACAUUUACGGCGGCGCCUCCAAGUGGACGUUCGAAGCCUGUCGCCAACUCAACUGACGUGGGAGAAGCGGACGGACUGUUGGGCCGCCGCGGCGCUGCACCGGUGACGGGACUCGGCACGUCAGGCAGCCACUGCUCCCACUGAUGGGCGGGACCCUUUGACAGAAGAGAAUCUUCCCGGGGAAAGUGGCGGCGAGUGUCCUGCGGCGCCUGAAUGCACAUCAGGCAUCAGGAGAUCCGAGGUGUCUUUCUGAGGCUGGAGGCAGGAGAUGCCGCCUCAUGUUUAGCAAGCAGAUGUCACGCCACCUCUCCACUGCCAGGAUUUCUCACUGUGUAGCAGUGGACUGGAGGAACCGGAUCCUCAGGAGGCCAGACCACCCCGUUUCUCUCAUCCUCUCUUCUCCAGCGCCACCUGCUUGACCUGAUCUUCUGUACAGAACGACGAGUGUAUUUAUCAGUUGCCAACAUGGAAGCCUGAGUGCCUUUGGGCUGUUGGGAAUCUCAGCACGUUGGUCCGUGUCUCCUUGGGUCCUUGGACCUUGGUUUUUUUAAAAAGAUGUUUGUGGCAGCACUCUGACGGAGGCCCAUGUUUGCAGAUGUUUGUGCACCAGUGGGAAUGUUCUCUGUACAGUUACAGCAUGUCUUAACGUGUAAAUGCUGCGUCGGCCAGUUGAACCUUUGCGUGUCCCCUUCUAUUUUUGGGCUGAGACUUUUCUACUGUCUUGUUACAAGCUUCAAGCAUGGCAGCACCCACAGAUGAAAAAGAAGUUCUAGUUUUUGUAAUAAAUUGUGAUACUUGAAUCCGAGCU